AUGGCUACAGAGUACGAUCACGAGAACGGUCGCUACGACGACGAACCUCGCUUCACCCGCGACCGCAGCGCAUCUCCUCGCGAUGAGCCGCGCGGCGACCGCACCCGCAGCCGUUCUCCCAACGGACGCGUCGAUGACCGCCCCCCUGUUGAUACCCGCAAGCCUCCUUUGGAUGACGAUGAAGAAGGCGCCCUUAACACUGGAUCUAACCUCUUCGUCACCGGCAUCCACCCCCGUCUGACCGAGUCGGACAUUUCGCGUCUCUUCGAGAAGUAUGGUGACGUCGAGAACUGCUCGAUCAUGGUCGACCCUCACACCAAGGAGUCUCGUGGCUUCGGCUUCGUCAAGAUGGUCACCGCCGAGCAGGCUGAUGCCGCCAAGGAGGGUCUCCAGGGUGAGGUCAUUGAGGGACGUACCCUGAGCAUCGAGAAGGCUCGUCGUAGCCGUCCCAGAACCCCUACCCCUGGCAAAUACUUCGGUCCCCCCAAGCGUGAAGACUUCCGUGGAGGUCCCCGUGGCCGUGGUGACCGCUAUGAUGACCGCCGUGGGGGUGGCUACGGUGGCAGCUGGCGUCGUGGCGGCGACGAUUACCGCUAUGGCCGCUAUGAUUCCUACAGUGACCGCCGUGACUACGGCGGUGGUCGUGAUUACCGCGACUACGGUCGCCGUGACUACCGUGAUGAUUAUGGUUACCGCGGUGGUGGUGGUGGCGGUGGCGGUGGUGGCAUCGACCGUUAUGCUUCGGGCGGUGGUCGUGAGGACCGUUACAGCCGCGAUGAGCGCCGCGGUGGGGAGGAGCGUCGUGGCGGUGGUGGCGGCGGCGGCGGCGGUGGUGAGGAUCGCCGUGGUUACUACGAUCGCGAUGCCAACCCUCCCAGCUAUGGAUCUGCUCCCCCUGCCCGUGAGCCCUAUGCCGGUGGUGGUGGUAGCGGUGGUGGUGGUGGCAGCGGCAGCGGUGGUCGCUCUUACGAACCCCGUGGCGGCGAUGACCGUUACAGCACCAGGUAG